CUCUCUCUCUCUCUCUCUCUCUCUCUGUGUGUGUGUGUGUGUGUGUGUGUGUGUGUGUGUGUGUGUGUGUGUUGAGGGGUGGUUUCAAGAUGGGGUUUCUCUGUGUUGUUAUCUGGAACUUGCUUCGUAGAUCAGGAUGGCUUCAAACUCACAGAAAUCCAUCUGCCUCUGCCCCUGCCUCCUCUGCCUCUACCUCUUCUGCCUCUACCUCCUCUGCCUCUGCCUCUGCCUCUGCUGCACUAAGCAGUUCUAUGUGUGUGUGAUUCACUUGCAGGUUUUCGUGGGUGGCUUUGGCCUGUUGACAGAAGGAUUUUAUCUGUGUGUUCCAGCUUUGUGUGCUGGGGUUUCAGAAGAGAGGCCUUGUCUUUUUAUCUGUCUACCUCUACGGUUUAAAUGUUUAUGUGAACAGAAGGAAAAGUGGCAGUAGCUGUUAUAGGAGCAGUAGCUCUGAAGAGUAAGCUUGGGAGAGGUGUGACUAGUGAAGGAAAAACAAACACCUUGCUCCACACCCCACCCCUGCUGAUGGCCAGCCUGGCUGGGAGGGGCGGAGCUGGAGAGUGUCCUGGAAAAAGGUGUGUGUGUAGGGGGGGUGGUGGAGGAGGCUGCAGUUUAGGCCUCAGUGCCCGCCUACCAGCCCGCACCCUACCUGAGGUUGUAGUUCAGUCACUGCCUAGGGCUAAAUCCCCUACACCACCAUGGACAGGCCUGAAUCGCGGUGCCCUCCACAGGGCUCCCUGCGGCUAUUGGUCCUGACAUGCCUCCUGAUCCUGACUGCUGUUCUGACAUAUCCCAUGCUCAGGACCUUUAGCCUCCGGCUCCACUCCUCCAUCACUGGGAGCUAUAUCUCUGGAUCUUAUUCCAUCGUUUUUGUCAACUGUCCCAAUGAGCAAAUUGCCCGAGACAUCGCCAGGGCCAUCCUGGAUAAGAAGAUGGCUUCGUCUGUGAACAUCUUGCCUAAGACCUCUUCUCUGUACUUUUGGAAAGGAGAAAUAGAAGAAGGCACUGAGGUCUCGUUGCUAAUAAAGACAAAGACUUCCAAAGUCUCCAGGCUGUUUGCCUAUAUGAGGUUGGCGCACCCUUUUGAAAUCCCAGAGGCCUUCAGUAUUCCUAUGGACCAAGGAGAUGCUCGCUAUUUACAAUGGCUUGAAGAGGGCAUGAAGGAGAACUAAAGAAAGAGCCGUAUUGUGCAGGCUUCUGGCCCUAGCCUUUGUUGACUCGGCUCUGGGCAAAAGCAGGCCACCUUCUGCCUCCCACUGAGUGUUCCUAACAGCAGACAAGUUCUAGCUGACCUGUGCGUGCUGAAUGGAGGCUGAGAAUUUCAAGGCUGGAAGUGAAGGCCAAUCAGGCCUGCAAGAACCAAGCAGAACCAGUUUCUGAGUGUGUGUGUGUGUGUGUGUGUGUGUGUGUGUGUGUGUUUGCAGGUGGCCCGAGGGUGUGUGGGUAAGAAUGAGGGACUGAGGGAAGGCUGCAAUGUUGUCGAGGUUUCUCCUCUUGCGGGCUCUGGGCUGACGAUAAAGUACCUAGGGUGUAAUUGUUCCUGUUUCUUGUGGGGAUGGGUGACCUUGGUCAUCUAGGUGUGUGUGGGAGAGCUACCUUCUAAGGCAGUUGAUAUGGGCUCUAUUCAAAACAAUGAAUAGUCCUGUUGGAUUCAGGGGUCAGCAGAAUUAAUCAGUGCUCCUGAAUCUUGCAGAGGUGAGGCUGGGAUAGGGGCGCUUGAGCCUAUGCAGACUGGGGGGAUGUUAAGACUUACUGGGAGUAAGUCUUGACUUUUUUUUUUUAAACUGGAUUUAAUAAAUACAAAUAUCCUGGAGAUGUAGGUUCUGAGCCCUGGGAACCUGCUGGGCCAGUGUGUUUUGGAUCUGCUAGACAGAGCUUCUGGGGUUGACAGAGGAACCCCUAAACUUCUCAAGGAAUGUGGCCACCACCCACAUCCCAAGUGAAGCUGCCAGAAGUCUGUAAAUCACUGUUGUGAUUUUCCCCACUGUAUGCAUUAUCACAAAAAAGUGCAUUUCAUGGAAUUCCAUAAAGAGGGGGACAUAUUGAAUUACAGUCUAGCCAUGGUUUUGCCUACCACGCUGAGGCAUAAAACACUCUAGUAUUUUCUACACUGGUCCCAGGCAUCUCUGAAGAGAAGAGGGAAGGUGCGGGAUGCUGAGCCCAAGGCUGUGUAAAGGGAGAGUUUAAACAAACCCCAUUCAUGAAUCCUAACAAUGGGCAGACCACAGGUAGUUGGGAUACAGACAGCCAUUAUGUUCUAGUCUCUUCUAUGACAGUAGGGGGAGGGGUUACAUAAGCCAAAUAGAACCACAUUCCAGUUCUAAUAGCUGCUGUGUGUCUCCCACCUCGAUGCCCUCAAAUACUAGAUGGUGAAGGGUCUUAAGGGCCCAUCAGAUCAGCUGAGGUCCUUCCAAAGGGCCAGAGAACACCACUGGUGGUUUUGAGGGCUGAGGAAUGGAGAAGCCCUUAGUCUUAAAAUACCAGUUUCUGAGGUAUAUAAGUCUUGAAAACCCUACUUAAAAUGACCCCAGCUGGACCAUGUUGCUUUGUGGAGAAAGUCCAGUUUCUAGGUCUUCCUUUCAGAACCCCCAUCUCAAGUGUCCCCCUCUGUGGCAGAUGGGUGACUCUGCCCUCCACUGUCCCUGUGCUCAUUAAGUCCCCUCUAUCUUUGAACUAUUUAGGAAGCUUCCAAUCUUUUUUUAAAAAAAGAUUUAUUUAUUUAUUUUUAUUUAUACGAGUACACCAUAGCUGUCUUCAGACACUCCAGAAGAGGGCAUCAGAUCUCAUUACAGAUGGUUGUGAACCACCAUGUGGUUGCUGGGAAUUGAACUCAGGACCUCUGGCAGAGCAGUCAGUGCUCUUAACCGCUUAGCGCCAGUCCUCCCCUCCCCUUUUUUAGGAAUCUUCUUAUCAUUAUUCUUGCUAAGUUAGGCUUAUUUGUAUCCCCAUUUUGCUGGUGAAAUCUAAGGCCAGAAGGCACGAGCCACCUGAGGGGAAUGUGGGGAUGUGGACCGGAGUCCGAUUCUAAACCUAGCAUCCUUCUGCUUUUUAUUCAAAGCGGCUGGUCAGUUCCCCACAGACGCCUGCCAGUCAGCCUGACGCUUGCACAUCCAUUGCGGUGUUUCUUCCUUACCACGGAUCUGGAAGGUGGAACCCACUCCAUGGAGGAAGGGGGAGUAGCAUUUAGUGACCUGCCACUGUCCUACCUUGUCCUCCCAGAAUGCAGCUGUGGAAGACACUGAUAGGUCCCAAACUCGUUUGCACAUGGGAAUUCCUUCCUAGCAUUUCUUAGAAUUUCCAGAAUCUCUCUAAA